GCAAGCUCUCUUGAUGAGGUCCAUGUACUUGACCAAGUUCUGGCAGCGGGUGAUGUCCAGGUAUUGGACCUUCUUCAUGCACAGUAUGUUCAACAGGUCUGCGUCCCCGACCGUCGAACCCGAGAGAUUUAUCAGCCUCAAGUUCAGCAGAUAGACGAGCUGGGAUGAGAAAUGGCGAUGGACUCCCCCGUUUCUUCUGAUCCCCUUUAUGUUAGGGCAGCAUCUUCCCACUUCCUGCAGAAUUGCAGGCGUGAAGGUUUAGACUUACCGGAGGGCGAUGAGAUUCAGAACGGCGUCGUCGUUUUGAGGGCCGUCCCGGGAAGUGAGGAAGGGGGAGAGGAAGAGGGAGGAGAUGGCAUCUCCGCCGCAGGCUCUCUCGAGGAGCAUUUGAAGGCGGUGGACGCCGCAGGUGCGUCUGCCGCGGAAGGGAUCGGGAAAGACAGAGCGGUAGGGGAAGGAGGCUUUGACGAAUGCGUCGUCGGCGGAGAAGGGGUUGGCGUCGGCGAUCAUGGAGGUCCAGCAAUGGGGAUCGCGAGAGGCGUGGGCCCAUGAUUUGCAGACGAAUUGAAGUCCUAGGGAUUUCUUUGCAAAUAAAAAAACUUGUCUCAUCCUUAUCUUCCGUCAAUCCCAUCUCCUCUACGCCGUUUCUCUUUUCAUCAUCGUCAACUACCCUCUCUCCCUCAAUCGACGGGCGGAGGAAUUUCAAUCGCAGGCGACGGAAUUUCCAAGGCUCAUCUCCGGUUAUUGGAUGCUUUUGAUCAAAGGUUGCUGUGGUUACUUUGAGACUUGGAAUAUUAUAUGGAGUUUUUUUUGAAGUCGAAAUAUUAUACUUCUUCCGUUCCAAUUUGAUUACAAAUUGCGGGUUACGGAGUAAAAUUUCCUACUUUUUGAAAUCAUUUUAUUUACAUAUUGAUAUAUCAAUAAAAUAUAAAAAUUACAUAUUAAAAAAUUACGUCAAAUACAGAAAAUGUAAAAAUUGCAUGUUUCUAAGGAAGGACAAAACAAUGAAUCCACAGCAACAUAAAAUGCCCAAGACUCAAUAUGAAUGACAUUGCUUAUUUCCUGCCAUGGUUAGAAAACAAAAGUUAAUUGGUAGGACACAAUAAGCUUCUUUUUAUCCUCCAUCUUCUUCCAAUUUGCUGCCAAUACUUUGAUGAACCGGACAAUUUGGAGCAAAUAUGGUACACCUUGCAAUGCCUUGAGAUUAUAGGGUCUAAAGAAGAACACUUGAAAAUGGGAGCAUUUUUAAAGGGAAGAAGCAAAAAAGUCACACCAUCAAAUCCCUUUUGAUUAUUGCAAGUAUAUAAUAAUAGUAGUUACAUACG